CAAACAAACCAGCCAGUCGGCAGUCAGUCGUUCGUUUGUCGCCCGAGCGUGCUCCGUGUCGCUGCCCGUUGUAGAGAACUCUCGUCUAAACAUCGCAUUAUCUAACCCAAUAUCGCUAUUGGGUGAUAAGUUAUCAUGUGCUAUGACGCGACGAUAUAUUUUAAAGUUCUCUCAAGAUAAGCGACUGUGUGGUGAUUAAAUUAUAUUGUGCACGGUUAGAGAAUGUGUGCGCACUGACGUUCUCAACUUCUCACUAAAGGAAAACUUAUUACCGUUACGUAGUGCUCUUUUACUAUGUCGUUAUUUAAGAAGAAGGCGCCUAAAUACACGCCGCCUCCAGUGCCACAGUCUCCCGUUGAGGAGCCUCACCAGCAAGCCAACGGAGUGGACAAUAACAAUGGAGCACAGAAGUCACAGUUGGUGUUCCACUGUCAGCAGGCACACGGCAGCCCUCUCGGACUCAUUUCUGGAUUUUCUAAUGUCAAGGAGCUUUAUCAAAAGAUAGCAGAAUGUUACGAUUUUCCACCUGACGAGAUUCUAUUUUGCACACUGAAUACUCACAAAGUGGAUAUGAAGAAACUACUAGGUGGACAAAUAGGAUUAGAAGAUUUCAUAUUUGCACAUAGAAAAGGUCGCCCUAAAGAAAUAGAAAUAGUUAAAACUGAAGAUGCCUUGGGAUUGACAAUAACAGAUAAUGGUGCUGGAUAUGCCUUUAUAAAAAGGAUAAAAGAAGGUUCUAUUGUAGCGAGAAUACCACAUAUAGAGGUCGGAGAUCACAUCGAGAAGCUAGAUGGAGAAAAUAUGGUUGGCAAAAGACAUUAUGAAGUCGCAAAGAUUUUAAAAGACAUUCCAAAGGGAACUACUUUUACAAUUCGAUUGGUCGAACCUCUUAAAAGCGGGUUCGCAAGUAUUGGACCAAAGACGAGCGGAGCAAAAUCUGGAAGGAAACAGAACUACGGAUCUGGCAAAGAGACAUUACGGUUUAAGGCCAACGGCCAGGCAACAAUAGAAAACGACCACGAUGAAAGAUCGAAAGCUGGCAUCGAGAAAAUCAACAGUUUACUGGAAUCGUUCAUGGGCAUCAACGACUCCGAGUUAGCAUCGCAGAUGUGGGAUCUUGCCGAAGGAAAAGCAAACUCUAUGCAACUAGCGGAAGCCAUCGAUAAUAGUGACUUACAAGAAUUCGGAUUCACGGACGAGUUUAUAAUUGAAUUAUGGGGUGUUAUUACUGACGCUAGAUCUGGUAGACUCAGUUAGAAACUUUUUUAUUUUGUAAGGUAAUAAUAACACGAAUGUUUAUGUAGAUAAAAGUUGCCUUAAUAGAUAUUAUAAACUGAUAAUUUUAGAUCCUCGGAAUGACGGUCGGUGACCUACUUUGGACGGCUGCAUUAAACAUUAUUUAAAACUUCACAUAAACUGCCGCUAUUUCGAUCCGUUGAGAAUAUGAAUAUGAAUCCCUACCUAGAUACUUGUUUCGAUAGACAGCAGCGGUUCUGAUAUUAUUAGUUUUACACUUGAAGUACUCUGCUAUUCUUGGAACAAAUUUACAUUCGUAGAACCGGUCCUGUUAAUGAAAUAAUUGGAAGUUCCACCUGUUGUUAAACCAAACAAAACCACUUGGUACUUUAAUAGUCCCGUUGUGCUAAAGUUGCGCUCCCCGCUUGAGCGGCGGCAGCCAGUUCCACGUUUUACGUGUUGCAUUCUUUCCAUUAAAUUGUUUGAACAACUUUGUAAUCAGCACUUAUACAAAUUUUUCAUGAUAUCAGUGUUGGUUGAUUAUCUUCAAAGUAUAUAUGAUUAAUUUGAGUCGAAUAUGAAUAAUGAAUAUGACACGUAUAUUGCUAAGUACCUGCAUGAUAAACUUGUACUAAAUUAAAAGUGACGACGUUGCUUCAAUACAACAAAACGUGAUGCUGACCUAAUUAAUGAUUUUUGCUUGUAAACAAGAAUACUAUGUAUGCAUUUUUUGAAAAAUACAAGUAGAUAUUACUUUAAAAUAGAUACUUACUUAUCUAAUAUUAAAUAAAGGAAGUAAUUUAUAUCUACUACUUAGUGACUACACAGUUGCGUUUAUGGUAGAAGGCGUUAUAUUACUAUAUAUGGAUUGUAUGGAAACUUGUAAGUAGUCUUAGUGAAAAUGGUUCAAAUUGUCAGUAGACCGAAGAAAAAUAAUGGUACAAAGGAAGUUAACUAACAACACUAGGUACAACAAUUUAGGUGCACGUUCGUGUAACCGCGUGAUGUUUUAAGCAUUUAAGAAAAUUAGAUUUACAAAUACUUACCUAAAGUAGAUUACUUUUCAAUGAUUUUGGUACCUACGACAUUAUUAGAAGGAAGACGUAUUUUUAUGCACCAAUCGAAAUGAAGAAAUGGUAAAUUCCUACUUAUUUGUACUAAAUACGGUCCAGGAACCUAAACAUAAUAAUAUGUAUAAUUACAGCAUUAUUCAAAACAGUAUACCUAUAAUGUUGGAUUGUAAUUUUUAUGUUGUGUUUCAUGUUAUAAAAUAGACGUCAAUUCAUUUAAUGCUUUGCUAAGAAUAAUUUUCUUUUUUUUGAGAGAUACCUAUGUUGGUAUUAAGUACUUAUUUUAGGUAGGUACUAUCGCUCAUCCUCUUUUCAACUUGAUAGAAGUCAAUGAAUGUAUUAAUUACCUAAAGAAAGAGGUCCUGUAAUAAUGUUUCAAGCUAAUUGCACGAGUUUUAAAUGAAUGACGUCGGUGUUUACUUCAGAUAUGCUAUUCUGUAACUUUCAGUUUGAAAUAUCGAAGUGAACAAGAUCGCGGUCCGCCAUGCCAUUGGUUGUGAGAAAUUAUCUCGACCAAUGACGGGCGAUAACGCGAUCGAGCUCACUUCUAAAGUUCAAAUUGACAGUUACUAAAUAGCCCAGCAGUUACAAGAAUACCUAAACUAUAUACAUAUCAAUGCUGAUGUACCUAAUGGGUGCUUGUAACUACUGUAGGUACGUGAUUUAUAUCAUAGAUAUUGGUAAUUACAAAUAAUGAAGAUAUUAAUAAAAACGAGUCAUUUAUUUGUUAGAAAGUAAAUUGAUAAGUUUGCC